AUGGAGCUGCACGACCUCGAGACGGGUCUCCAGCAUGUGGCGUCAGGCGGUAACGUCUUGAACUGCCAGGAACUCUCAGGCAUCCAAGCCGGGCUAGCGCUUCUGAAGAGCCAGGAGCAGUUUCCGCAUCUCUGCUUCUGGGGCAAGGUCUUCGGCCUGUCGGCAGACUACUAUGUGGCCUAUGGACUCCGUGCCGGAAAUUUCGAGUUCCCCGCGAAGCACUUCUACUUCGCUGGGAAAGAUUUCCAGUUUCAGCCCUUGCAGACUCCGACCGCGGAGGAGGCGGCUCGGAUCGCCGAGCUCUGCGGCGACAAGCCCUUGAGCGGCGUGGCCAGUACGUUGCUCGAGCCGCCGUCCGAAGAGGAGCCACCAGCAGACGAUCCGGAAGGUCAGCCUGUUCCCGAAGGUCCGAAGAAGCUCAGCGAGGCCGAUCGCCUGGCCCAGCUGGUGGCAGAGAUCGACUUCGACACUUCCUGCGUCCCGCGAGGUGCCUAUUGCGUUGACGAGAGCCACGCCAUCAUGCCUGCACAGGACUUCAAAGGGCUCGGAGAAGCGGACGCCUUGGCACUGACAAGUUUCGUGCACUUCCGCGCGCCGGUCGGCAUUGCCGCACUCCGCACGCUGGCCCGUAAGGAUGCGCAGGUCUACAGCUCGCAGAUCCUUGACGGCUUGGAUGGCGACCAACCAAAGGGCAGCUGGGCCCUUCGAAAGGACCCCACCAAGUCCCUGGUCACGCUGAGAUCGCUGAGCUGGCCUGGCUACAUUGCUUUUCAUGUCCCAGCGACGAAGAAGUUCGGGGGCGUGUACUUCGGAUACGCGCAGAAGGAUCUGACACUGCCUUUCGUUCUCUGA